AUGGCCGACUAUGACUACUUGAUCAAGUUUCUGGCGUUGGGCGACUCUGGAGUCGGCAAAACAUCUUUCUUGGUGGGUUAAUGUAAUUUAUGAAUGGUACUAUAAGUUUGUAAUGGUUUCUAAAUUUUUUUUAUUUUACACUUAUCUUUGUCAUACAAGUGAUGAUUAUCUGUAAUUUCGUAAUUUUUUGCUUUAAAAAUUUUUAAAUUGCACGGUGCAGUUUCUAAUGACUGCACGGUGCAAUAAAUUCUAAAAACUUUGAAAUUAUCACAAAAUAAAUAAUGUAUUCACCUUCGUAUGUUGCAGCAUCGUUACACGGACAACACCUUUACGGGUCAGUUCAUUUCCACCGUGGGGAUCGACUUCAAGGAGAAGAAGGUAGUCUACAAGAGUGCCCGAGGCGGCUUCGGAGGUCGCGGCCAAAGGGUGCUGCUUCAGCUAUGGGACACGGCCGGCCAGGAACGGUAGGUGAAGGAACGAUGGAGUGAUUCUGGGUUUAGAUUCCGAUCGUUGACUACGGCCUUUUUCCGCGACGCUAUGGGCUUCAUCCUGAUCUUUGACAUCACCAACGAACAGUCCUUCCUCAACAUCAGGGAUUGGCUGUCGCAGCUCAAGGUAAGUGAUAUUAGUUGUAUGUUGUACAUUUUGAAGUUGUACUGUGCAGGUGACGGUUAUAUGUUUAAAGUAUGCAUUAAUAUUGCAUUUAGAUGAUCUUUUUUACAUUUACAUGUUGUAGUAGAGGUCUUAGAUGUAAAAGUUUGUGCGCCAUUAGUGUUUCACAUCUUGAGAUGUUUUAAACCUUUUUAUAAAAGUGUAAAGGAGAGUCUGAUGCAUUAAGAAUGUCCUCAAACCAUUCCCCCUUAAUUAUCCCUUUACUUAUUUAUGGAAUUAUUUAUGAUGGUAACAUGCCGAAUAACUUAAUUUUCUCUACUUUAUACCAUCUCAAUUCUACUUUUAAUUCUUAGGUUUUAUAUGUAUUGAAGUGAUUUAUGAAAUCAAUAACUGUGUCAAAAAUUAAAAAAUCGAUGACGGAAUCUCAAACUUUAAGCCAUGAACUAUUAUACAACAUCCUAUUCCAGAUCCAUGCCUACUGCGAGACCCCUGACAUAAUUCUCUGCGGCAACAAAGCCGAUCUCGAGAACCGUCGCCAAGUCUCGACAGCCCGCGCCAAGCAGCUAGCCGACCAGCUGGGCCUACCCUACUUCGAGGCCUCGGCCUGCACGUCGAUGAAUGUGGAGAAGUCGGUGGACUGUCUGCUCGACAUGGUGAUGCAGAGGAUUCAGAUGUCGGUGGACGGCGACAACCUCCCCACCGAGUACCUGGGUGCCGGCAAUCGGAUUCAGGUCGAGGAAGAGGGUACUCAAGGUGGAAUCGGCCAAACUUACUGCAGUAACUGCUAA